CAGUACUAUUGAGAAUGCUUGUAACUUCCUAUCAGGUUAGUCUGUCGGAAGAGCUGUUAUCGAUCGGACAUGGCGCAAAGUGUUAACUUUUGUGAUAUAGAACUGGAGGAGGAGCUCGGGAAAGACAAUUAUUCUAUUGUGAACAAAGCUGAAUGGGAAUAUAGAACGAUUGCGGUGAAACAAUAUUGUAAAAUUGGCAUUGUUUCGAAAGAAAAUCUGAAAGAAGCGUACUCGAAAUUGUUGUGCGUCAAUCAUGAAAAUAUUUUAAAAUUUUAUGGCACCUCAGUGUCGCUUAGUAAUUGUCCAUCCUUACUAAUGGAAUAUGCAGACUGUGGAUCACUGCACGAACAAAUUUACGGAACGGGAAUACAAAAAUAUACCACAAAUACUGCCCUCAAUUGGAUGUAUCAGUGUGCACAGGGUCUUGCAUUUUUACAUGCCAUUCCCAUUUUCCAUUGCAAUUUAAAACCAACUAACUUGUUCCUAACCAAUAACUUACGACAACUGAAGAUUGGUGAGUUGGCCAUUAAUCCAGAGGGAUGGGAGAAACGUGGAUCAAUAGCAUAUAUGGCACCAGAGGGUUUACAUAAUCUACUGCACAAGGAGAAAUAUGACGUAUACAGUUUUGGCAUGGUGCUCUGGGAAGUUUUGACACGACGAAAGCUUUUCUAUAGGUAUGACUUUCUUUUGAACUUUUUGCCGUUCCGAUGCAUGUGUAUUAUGUCCGGCUACCAUCCAUCUCUCACUCAUCUUCCCGAAGACCUACCUUCUGGAAAUAUAAGAUCGAUGAUUGAAUGUUACUGGGAUAAUGAUCCGCAAAAAAGGCCCAAUAUGGAAACAGUGGCCAAAGAGAUCGAAAAUUGCAUAAGUUCAAUUACAGACAGCAACUUUACAUUUAAUAUAAAGGAUAUGUUACUAUGCCAGAUAAUCGGAUAUGGAUCUUUCGGUACUGUCUAUAAAGCUCAGAAGCUCGGUGUUACAUAUGCUGCUAAAAGAUUUCAUGAACAAAAUGAUUAUGUUAAGAAAUCCAUUGAAAAUGAAGUAAAAUAUCUAUCUGAAGCCAACCAUAGAAAUAUUAUCAAGUUUUUUGGAACCAUGGUAAACAACGAAUUCAAAACAAUAAUUAUAAUGGAGUUUGCAGACUGUGGAACACUCUACGAUUACAUACAUCAAGAAGGCGAAGAAAAAAAAGAGAUGAAAAGCUAUACGAUGUCAGCAGCCCUUGACUUAAUGCGCCAAUUAGCCCUGGGUAUUGAAUAUUUACAUGCCAUGCCAAAACCAAUUAUCCAUCGGGAUAUUAAGACGAAAAACUUGUUACUUGCCAACAAUUACCGAACAUUAAAGAUCGCCGACUUUGGUACAGUUAGAGAAAAGGCUACUAUGAUGACACAGAGUGUUGGGACAGCUGAAUAUAUGGCACCUGAAGUUGCCAAUGGCAAAAAUUAUACGGAAAUGAGUGAUGUUUAUAGUUUCGGAAUCGUUUUAUGGGAAGCGAUGUCGCAGAAGAAACCGUUCUAUCACUUGGGAAAUCAUACAUCACUCGCCAUUAUUAAUGUGGUUAGCCAAGGUAAACGACCCCCCCUCGAGGAUAUAAAGGACUAUCCGAAUCGAAAGCAUACAAAAACUAUUAUUAAAAAAUGUUGGGAUACAAACCCAAACAAACGAUCAUCGAUGAAAUCUAUAGUACAUAAGUUAAGUAGUGAUCUCUGAAAGUUCCGUUUUACAUUUUUUUAGCUUAAAGCAUUAGUAAGGUUUUUUUUCAUUAAAAAAAUCAAAAAGAGUCUAUUGGGUUUGUCAAAAUCGCAGUGCAAAACUGUUAAGGUUUUAUUG